AACCAAGUCGCGGCGCUUGGUUCCCCAGCAACCGGGAGACGCGUCUGCUGCGUGGAACCGCCGAGUUCCCAGCGCUUGAGAAGGAAAAUUCUGGAUCUGUUAUCUGUGAGGAGGCCACUCCAUUGACAGUUGUGUAAAACUCUGCUGCUUUCCCCAGCUCCAACCUCUCUGGUCUUCAACAACACUAUCAUCAGGGAACACGUGGGGGAAGAUGAACCGGCCGUGCAACUCGAUGGAGCCGAGGGUGAUGGACGAUGACAUGCUCAAGCUGGCCGUCGGGGACCAGGGCCCCCAGGAGGAGGCCGGGCAGCUGGCCAAGCAGGAGGGCAUCCUCUUCAAGGAUGUCCUGUCCCUGCAGCUGGACUUUCGGAACAUCCUCCGCAUAGACAACCUCUGGCAGUUUGAGAACUUGAGGAAGCUGCAGCUGGACAAUAACAUCAUUGAGAAGAUCGAGGGCCUGGAGAACCUCGCACACCUCGUCUGGCUGGAUCUGUCUUUCAACAACAUUGAGACCAUCGAGGGGCUGGACACACUGGUGAACCUGGAGGACCUGAGCUUGUUCAACAACCGGAUCUCCAAGAUCGACUCCCUGGACGCCCUCGUCAAGCUGCAGGUGUUGUCGCUGGGCAACAACCGGAUUGACAACAUGAUGAACAUCAUCUACCUCCGGCGGUUCAAGUGCCUGCGGACGCUCAGCCUCUCUAGGAACCCUAUCUCUGAGGCAGAGGAUUACAAGAUGUUCAUCUGUGCCUACCUUCCUGACCUCGUGUACCUGGACUACCGGCGCAUUGAUGACCACACAAAAAAGCUUGCGGAGGCUAAGCACCAGUACAGCAUCGAUGAGCUGAAGCACCGGGAGAACCUGAUGCAGGCCCAGCUGGAGGACGAGCAGGCGCGGCGGGAGGAGCUAGAGAAGCACAAGACUGCGUUUGUGGAACACCUGAACGGCUCCUUCCUGUUUGACAGCAUGUACGCUGAGGACUCAGAGGGCAACAAGCUGUCCUACCUGCCUGGUGUCGGUGAGCUCCUUGAGACCUACAAGGACAAGUUUGUCAUCAUCUGCGUGAAUAUUUUUGAGUAUGGCCUGAAACAGCAGGAGAAGCGGAAAACAGAGCUUGACACCUUCAGUGAAUGUGUCCAUGAGGCCAUCCAGGAAAACCAGGAGCAGGGCAAACGCAAGAUUGCCAAGUUCGAGGAGAAGCACUUGUCGAGUUUAAGUGCCAUUCGAGAGGAGUCGGAACUGCGCAACAUUGAGAAGAUGAUCCUAGAAUGCAGUGCUGACAUCAGUGAGUUGUUCGAUGCGCUCAUGACGCUGGAGAUGCAGCUGGUGGAGCAGCUGGAGGAGACUAUAAACAUGUUUGAAAGGAACAUUGUUGACAUGGUAGGACUGUUUAUCGAAAAUGUCCAAAGCCUGAUGGCCCAGUGCCGGGACCUGGAGAAUCACCACCACGAGAAGCUCCUGGAGAUCUCUAUCAGCACCCUGGAGAAGAUUGUCGAGGGCGACCUGGGCGAGGACCUGCCUAACGACCUGCGCGCGCUUUUUGUCGAUAAAGAUACGAUUGUUAAUGCUGUCGGGGCAUCGCACGACAUCCACCUCCUGAAGAUUGACAAUCGAGAAGAUGAGCUGGUGACCAGAAUCAACUCUUGGUGUACACGUUUAAUAGACAAGAUUCACAAGGAUGAGAUCAUGAGGAACCGCAAGCGCGUGAAGGAGAUCAAUCAGUACAUCGACCACAUGCAGAGCGAACUGGACAACCUGGAAUGUGGCGACAUCCUAGACUAGAUGAAUGUCAGCCACAGGAGCUUCUUCAAAACAUAGCACCAGCCCCAGCCAGGAGAAGGAAGUGCACACGCCUCACCCAGCACCUCUAGAGAGUUGCUGGGCAUCUCUCAACCGCGAUCCCCAACACCAUUCUUCCCCCACCCCUGGAAAAACUUCCAAAAGUAGAGAAAAUAAAGGACUCAUUUCACAUUUCCCCUACUCAUAAAAAAAAAAAAAAAAA